CCCGUGCGGCACACGUGGGGCCGGCGGUGCGCAGGCCUGGCUGGGGCGGCUCCAUGGACUGCAGGGCGCUCUGCCUGUCCCUCCUGGACUACAAGACCGAGAAGUACGUGGUAGCCAAGAACAGGAAGGUGGGCUUGCUGUACAGGCUGCUGCAGCUCGGCGUCCUGCUGUACCUGCUCAUAUGGGUGUUCCUGGUCAAGAAGGGCUACCAGGACGUGGACACCUCGCUGCAGACUGCUGUGGUCACCAAAGUCAAGGGUGUGGCCUACACCAACACCUCGGAGCUCGGGGUGCGGCUCUGGGAUGCCACGGACUACGUCAUACCACCCCAGGGAGAAAAUGUCUUCUUCAUCAUCACCAACCUGAUUGUGACCCCUCACCAGCGGCAGGGCACCUGUGCUGAGAAUGAGCAGAUUCCUGAUGGCCAGUGUUCUCAGGACAGUGACUGCCCAGCGGGCAUGCCUGUGAAAGCCGGAAACGGAGUGAAGACUGGCCGCUGCCUGCGAGCAGGGAAUUCAACCCAUGGCACCUGUGAGAUCUUCGCCUGGUGUCCAGUGGAGACCAAGUCCAUGCCCAGGAAGCCAUUGCUGGGGGAUGCUGAAGACUUCACUGUUUAUAUAAAGAACUUCAUCCGCUUCCCCAAAUUCAACUUCUCCAAGACGAACGUGGACACGGACAAGACGCUGCUGAAAUCCUGUCACUUUGGCCCCACCAACCUCUACUGCCCCAUCUUCCACGUGGGCUCUGUGGUCCGCUGGGCAGGGAGCACCUUCGAGGACAUAGCCCUGGAGGGCGGUGUGAUCGGCAUUCACAUUGAGUGGGACUGUGAUCUUGACCAACCAGGCUCUGAAUGCAACCCUCACUACUCUUUCAGUCGUCUGGACCACAAGUUUACAAAGUCCAUUUCCUCAGGGUACAAUUUCAGGUUUGCCAAGUACUACCGAGACGCUGCGGGGAUGGAGUUCCGCACCUUAAUUAAAGCCUACGGCAUCCGCUUUGAUGUGCUGGUGAAUGGCAGGGCAGGGAAGUUCAACAUCGUCCCUACAGUCAUCAACCUGGCCUCUGGGGUGGCGCUCAUGGGUGCUGCAGCUUUUGUCUGUGACCUGGUGCUCAUCUACAUCAUUAAGAAGAGAGAGUUCUACCGCGAGAAGAAGUUUGAGAAAGUGAGGGGCCGAGAGGACCGGGCCCUGGAGGCUGAAGACCAGGUACAGGGGCAGGAGGAGUCGGGGCAGGAGUCACCUGCCUCGGGGCUGAUGGAACUACCCAGGACACUGACACUGCGGAGCAGCAGCCAGGACGGCGGUUUUCAGGGGAACGGCAGUGUGUGCCGACAGGUGCUGGAGUCUGACAGCUCUAGUUCCCUGCAGGCUGUGAAUGCUAAACUGUCACAGCCCUUGGAGGCAAAGCAGACACAGCCAGACUGGAGACAGACUCAGUGAAGAUGGAGACUUCGGGCCCUGAACAAUUUCCGGCUUUGAACUCAGGCAGAGGUACCGUGGCCCCUUUGGGGGACAGGGCCUCAGGCUGGCAGGCACAGCUGUAUUAUGUGUAGGGGAGACCCUUGCAGCCACAAUGGCUCAGGAGCAGGCAUCCUCAAAGGGGGCCUGCAUGGCCUGGGACCCUGGUGGGACACUCUCCAGCUUGUACACGCAGCACUCUUACCGACCACUGCGGGGCACUGGGCCUGCUCAAGGGCCGCUUCAAGGAGCUGCUGAAUCUGGCCCCCAGUGAGACCAGCACUCGGGGAGCUCUGGACCACACCUGAGGGAUGGUGGGCACUCAGGGAUGCAGAGCCCAGGAGGCUGCUGCCUUACGGGUAAGCUGGGGAAGGGGAAGCUCUGCCCCACAAUGGCCUCAGCGACCCGGCUCCCUGCCUGCUGGACAGCUUUAACCUAAGUGCUAAUGAGGUCAAGGAUCAAGGGGGUGCUCACUCAACAAGUGGGACCAGUUGAUGGGGGGGCGACAAGACUGUUCUGGGGGCCCUCUGCUUUCUCCAGCUCAGUGGACACAGCUGCCCUGUGGGAAAGAGGAGCUUCCAGGAUCCCCUGCACAGGGUGUCAUGCCCAGGCUCGGCCUGCCCACCGUGGGUUUUCCUAACGACUGAGAAAUGCCUUUGGGCACACUGUGGCCAGUGGGAGACUACCCUGGGUGGGGUCACUGUGACAUCACAGGCCCCCACAGGAUGGACUGGCCGCUGCUGCCCCCAACUCCUCCUUUCUCACUGGGAUCGUGGCCUUCUCUAGGUGUAUAAGCACCUCAGCCAAAGACAUGGGGAGGCCCAGCAUUCCUGCACCAUCUCACAGGGAAUGGUGUCUCCGUGUGUCUGGGAGAGGGGUCCCUUCCGUUCCAAGCCACACCCUUCCCCUUGUGGAAACUGCUCCAGAAGACGUGACCUUACCUCCCUGCCCGCCUCCCCUGGAGUCACUGCAGCCCUCACCGGGGAGAAGAUGGCUAACUCCUGGGACCUGCCCAACACGGACUGUCUCUGCUAUUUAAGAGGAAUGUCUUACUGUCUGAGGAUUAAGACUGUUUAUAAUCACCUGAGACUGUUAAUGUCCCUUUUAUCACUGUUAUCGUUACUGCCCAUAAAUAAUGAGGAUCUA